AUGACACUCGCGAGACGAUCCGAGAGCCGUUUGAACUCCGCCGUACGUUCUUACUUGAAGACACGCGGCGUCUGUUACGAAAACCAGCCUUGGGAAAUACGCAGGUCGGACGUCGGAGGAUACGGCGUCUUCGUCACGCGAGACGUCGACGUAGGUGAAGAAAUAUUUCGCGAUUCGCCGGUCAUAUUGGGCCCGAGAUGUUUGCCCAAUUGUCCCCUGAUAUGCAUCGGCUGCUGGGGCAAAAAAGAGCUGAGAGGGUGCAAGAAUAACUGCGGCUUGCCCGUGUGCUCGGAAGAGUGUCAAAAUGAGCAUCGCGAACUCUGCGAAAUAAUCUUGAGAUAUUGUAAAGACGUGAACGAAGGGUCGAUAUCGCGGGAGUUAUUUGAGAAUUGCACCCCGAUCAAGGCGCUGCUUCUUGACGACGAGGACAAGGAGGCCGUGACCUCGUGUCUAGAGGCUCACGGCGGGGGCGACCACGGUAGGGAAGUGGACGCGUUGAAGAAGUUGUCGUUCGAGUUUGACGACGAUCAGGAGAAAUUUAUGAGAUUCGUGUGUUGCGUGUUGGACGCGAAUGCGUUCGAAGUCGCUACGCGUGACGAUGAAGACGACGAUCGGCAGACCAAUAGUCUCAGAGGUCUCUAUCCCCUGGGAAGUCUGGCGAAUCAUUCGUGCGUGCCCAACACGAUGCACGUGUUCGACAAAAAUCACCGCAUGAUUACCAGAGCGGCCGCGUUUAUUCCCAAAAACGGGGAGAUCUUUCACUCGUACACGAGGAUCAUCUGGGCAAGCGUCACCAGGCUUUAUCACCUGCGCAGGACCAAACAUUUCGUGUGCAAGUGCGACAGAUGCGAAGAUCCUACGGAGUUCGGUACUUACAUGGGGGCAGUGCUUUGCAAGCAGUGCGGGGGCAGCGUGAUUCCCGUGAACCCUCACAAGGCAAACAGCAGAUGGCGCUGUCAACAAUGCAAGCGUUUCGUCACGGGGCGGGAGGCUGGGGAAACCCUCUCCAUGUUGGGCGCCGUGUUGAGAGGUAUGGACGCCAACAACUUUGACGUGAUGACUAGGUUCUUGAACGGCAAGUUGAAGUCGGUCGUGCCUACCUAUAGCCAAGUGUCGACGGAGUUAAAGUACAAAAUCGUGUGGAUUUUGGGACACAAAAGUCCGUACACGUUGCAAGAAUUGACCGUCGAGCUUCUGAAUUUUAAAGUCCGCCUCUGCGACGACUUGCUGCUGUUGCUUGCGCGGCUGCGCCUCGGAAGGGUCAAGAUGAGAGGGUUGCUGUUGUACGAGCUGUUUUGCUGCCUUAGAGAGUUGGAUAAACGCGACGAAAAAAUCGAUAGGGACGCAAAUAUCAGCACGUAUUUGGAGGAAGCAGCCGACAUCCUCAGGUUCGACGUCACGGCGCCGCAGGAAUUAAAACGGGCUUGGUGAUUUUGGAAAUUGUAAUCGAUGUGUACGAGGGACAAUAAAAGUAGUCCG